AUGCGAUCAUAUCGUAGCAUCCUGCUUGCCCUACUGUUGGUCGCCGUAUCCGGGGAGUUGGUACGGUACGAUAACUACCAUCUGUUUCGGUUGGCAAUUACGAACAAGGGGCAACUUGAAGUGCUACAGCAACUAGAACAACGGAACGAUGGAUUUUAUUUCCUAGACCCACCUACACAAGUUCGCAUGAAUGUCAGCGUUCUUGUACCGCCAAGCAAACUGGGCGAAUACUUCCAGCUGUUAAGCAACGAACAUCUUAUCUCCCAUCUGGCCACCAACAACUUCCAAGCCAUUCUCGAUGCGGAAAAUCCACCCAGAAAAUCGAAACGCAGUGAAGCUUUCGGCUGGGAGGAGUACCAAACGCUCGAUGCCAUUUACGACUGGAUCGAUGGGUUAGUGCUGCAGUAUCCUUCCAUUCUUACCGUGCAAACUAUUGGACAAACGUACGAGGGUCGCGAUAUGAAGGUUGUGAAGCUGUCCCAACAGUCUGGUAAUCCGGGAAUCUUUCUCGAGGCUAACAUACAUGCACGCGAAUGGAUCACCUCGGCCACGGCCACCUGGCUGCUGAAUGAGCUUCUCACAUCUCCCGAACCAGCGGUGCAGGAGCUUGCCACUUCCUACGACUGGUACAUCCUGCCGGUAGCCAACCCGGACGGGUUCCAUUACACCAAAACAACCAACCGACUGUGGCGCAAGAAUCGCUAUCCGCACAAUGUGCUAUGUGCGGGAGCCGAUCUGAAUCGUAACUUUCCCUACCACUGGAUGGAGGGUGGAGCUUCCCAGGUGCCUUGCAACGAUAUAUACGCGGGACCGGAACCGGCGUCCGAGAUUGAAACACGUAAUACGAUCCAGUACUAUGCAACGAUUGCCGAUCGGAUUGAGUUCCAUCUACAAUUCCAUUCCUACGGUCAGUACAUUCUACUCCCGUACGGAUACCAAGAUGCCGACUAUCCCGACAACUAUCCCGACCAGAUGGAAAUAGCGGAGGCGGCUGCAAUUGGAUUUGCCAGUCGUUACAAUACAGCCUACACCUUCGGUACCAUUGCGGAUGUGUUGUAUGUUGAUUCGGGAUCCACAACCGAUUGGGCGCACGGUUAUCACCAAACCCCGCUGUCGAUGUGCUUCGAGUUCCGCGAUAAUGGCCCGUACGGGUUCGUGCUGCCGGCGGACCAAAUAAUUCCCAACUCCCAAGAGACCCUCGAUGCACUGAUAGCUAUGCUUGCCAAAGCCAAAACAAUGGGCUACUUCCAACGAUCCUGA